AUGGACCCCCUCUACCUCAAGACCGCACCCCCCCUUGACCCAGAAUGGCUCAAAUACGAACAAGAGGCGGGCCUCAACAAGCCCCGCCCGGCGUACGCCUCGCCGCUAGACCGCCAGCCCGCCUACGCGGCCGAGUGCCGCGCCCUAUCCGCCAACGCCAUGGCCCCCGGCUCGCGCGACCACCACCUGUCCGCGGCCGUCAAAACGACCGCCCUGACCGUCCCUUCCUCGGCCGACGGCUUCCCCAUCCCCGUGCUGAGGUACGAAGGCGCUGACUCCCCAGCCCCGGCAGAGGGGCUGGGCGCGUCAGUCGCCGUCGUCGUCGUCUACAUCCACGGCGGCGGCCUCGUCGUCGGCGAGGCCGACAGCGAGGACCUGACCUGCCGGCGCAUCGUCGCCGAGUUGUCCUCGUCAUCCCCAGAGCUGGGUUCCGUCGUCGUCUUCUCGGUGGGCUACCGCCUCAUGCCGGCGCACCCGGCCGCCACGUGCGUGUCCGACUGCGCCGACGCGCUCGCCCACGUCGUAGCCGUCGCCCGCCACUCCGACUGCGGCGGUGGCGAUGAUGGCGCCAGACCAUCCGCCAAGGUGAUCCUGGUGGGCAGCUCGAGCGGCGGCCAGCUCGCGGCGCUGGUGUCGCAGCAGCAGGCGGCCGGGACGGUGAACGGCGUGGUGCUGCGGUGCCCCGUGACGAGCGACGCAUUCCGCGGGGUGGACGGCUACGUGCCGCGGGGCUUGCGGGCGCUGCACACGAGCGCCUCGGAGCCGUCGUUCCGGAACUCGCUGCUGGGGCGCAUGGAUAGGGCGGUUGCGCGCGACGGGCUGGAGCGCAUGCCGCUGGAGGCGCCGGCGGGGUUGCUCGCGGGGCUGCCGCGGACGUGGGUGCAGGUCUGCACCAACGACGUGCUGUACUCGGACGGGGUGUGCUAUGCCAGGGCGCUGAGGGAUGCUGGCGUGGAGGUCAGGGUCGACGUGGUGCGCGGGUGGCCUCAUACCUUUUGGCUGAAGGCGCCGCACCUCCCGAGGGCACUCGAGGCGGAGAGGGCUAUGCUGGAGGGCCUUGCUUGGGUUGCCGGGUGAACGUACCCCCGGCAGCAACUGGAAGAACUCGAGCGUAAUAAAUUCAAGAAUGGGAACAAUAUGCAUAGCACUGAACUGGUCUGA